UUGAUGGAAAUGUGAUUACAGCAUUAACAGCUCAUACAGUAUUACUACAGGCUGAUGGUGUUCCACCUUACAUUGACUCUCUGUUUGCUUGAUCACAGCCUCUGCCCCAUGGAAAAAAAAAUCAGAGUUCGAGUCUUCACAAGCUACAGAGAAGAAGAGGACAGUUUAUCAGAUGGCUUUGAAUAAACUGGAUGAGAUUUUAGCAGCAGCACAGCAGACUAUCAGUACCAAUGAGGCCCCAGGGCCCCGGGUUCAGGGGAUAAAAAGAGAACGGGGCAGAGGCUUUUAUAAUGAGCCAAAUUUUGACCAAGCAGGAAUGGGGAUGACAUCAUCUGGGACAGGGUUAGGAUACGACCGUGGUCAAUUUAUGUCUGGCCAUGGCCCCCCCCAUGGUAUGCUGCGACAGAAGUCCAUCGGGGUUCCAGAGGAGGAGAAGCAGUUCCUUCAUCCUCCAGCCAUGAAGUUUGCCCGCAGUCUUUCAGUACCUGGCCCAGAUGACAUCCCUCCUCCCCCUACUACAGCUCCCCCUGAGCCCCCGUUCUCCUCAGCUCCCGCUCUUGGCUUUAGGGGCAAGACAUCCCAGCAGCCGUCUGUUUCUGUGUCCCAAUCCACUUCCUCUUCUGCACAUUUUCAGCUCUACUCGCAGUCAGUGCAUGUCACUCAUGGACCCAGAGAUAGGUCCCCUGGACCACCUGCAGGGUCCGGAACCGGGGACCUCCCUUACUCCCAUGCUCAAUCCCACCCCUCUGUGCCAAGCAGGACUGCCUCCAAGAAGGUGAUUGGGUACACAGGGGACCUUGCAGGGGCUGGAGGAGCACCAGGAGCCAAGGCUGCAGCAUUGAGAAGGGGCUACAGCAAUGCAGUCCCAUCCACUAGUGUCGCUACUGUUAUUCCCCAACAGCAGCAGACUACUCAGAGCCAACCUUCCAGGAUGGACCGCAGUGUGAUAGGGGCAGGAGCAGGGGUAGGUGGUGUGCCGAAAGGUGGUGCCCGGAGAGGGAAGGGGCCCUUGGUGAAGCAGUCAAAGAUAGAGGAUUUGCGUCAGGGCCAGGGCACACUGGAAGGGAAGGGGUCAGUGGAGAAAAGCUCUAUUCCUAUCCCAACCAUCAUCGUUAAAGCCCCUUCCACCAGCAGCAGUGGUCGCAGUAGCCAAGGCAGCAGCAUGGAGGCUGAACCGCCUCCUCCAGGAAUGAGUGACAGUUCUAACCCCCAACCUGUUGUUCCCCCACCUGCACCCACCGUUCCACCGCCAGCCCCUCCAUCUAGACCUGCUCCACCACCCCCAUCACAGCCAUCACUUCGUACUCAAGAGAGUUUGGACUUUACCAGCCAGUUUGGUGCUGCCAUAGUAGGGGCAGCUCGCAGGGAUCGAGAACGAUUCCAUGAAGCACGACGGAAGAGUGCCUCCUUUUUUCUUUCUGCUGAGGAAGAGUUGGGUGGAGCAGGAGAAGUGGGAGGACGGACCCAGACUUCCCAACAGCAGCUGAGUUCCCAGCCUUCACCACGCCUGCGACCAUCCAAAUCUAUAGAUGAAGGCAUGUUCUCAGGUGAUACUUUUAUCCACCACACACGCAGUAUGCCUCCUGCCUUUGGCCUGCCUGAGUACUCCUCACCUGCUCCUCCUGGGGAUUACCAGCCUAAGUCUGUACCUGCUGACUUCUAUGGGGCGGGAGGCCGACAACAGCAGCAGCAGCAGCAGCAGCAAGCCUCCACCACAACUUUCAUUCACCCAUUAACGGGGAAAGUUCUGGACCCUUCAUCCCCACUAGGCUUGGCAUUGGCUGCACGGGAACGUGCCUUGAAAGAUGAUGGUCGCAUACGCAGGGAGAGGACCACUGAACAUAAUUUUAGCCGUCAGUUGUCCAGCAUUGGGGCCUUUCCCUCAUCCACUGCACAACCAACGUCGCACAUCUCCUACUCAAUGGCCUCGUCUUCCUCUGCAACCUCCUCUGCUGCUCAGUCCUCAAGCUCCUCCUCGUACCUGGUUACAUCCUCAUCGCUAGCUGCCACCACCACAUCCACUCGGCCUCCAUCUCCCAGGAUCCUGCGUGGAGCAGGAAGCAGCUGGAGUGAGGAAGCAGGGAGUGGAGAGCGUGCAGAUAGGGAGGCUGCUGGCACCUCUGCUCCCAGAGAAGGCCUAAGGGUUCGUUUCUCUGAGGAUAAAACUGUCCACACGCACCACUAUCAGUCUCAGCACUAUCAGCCCACCUACAAAGAACGUGAACGAGAGCGUCAGAGAGAGAGGUCACGAGAAAGAGAGAGGGAAAGAGAGAUAGAAAAAGCUCACACCCAGUUACAGCAGCAGUCCACACAACAAAUGACCCAGCAGCCUCGACGCCCCUCGGUCUUGAGGAUGGAGAGUGAGGCUGGGGCAUAUAUCCUUUCCUUGACCCCACCUUCUCCACCUCCAACAACAGCCCCUACACGUCCUUCAGCAGGAGCUGCAGGUGAAGGUGAAAGUGGCACAGGUCUGAUGGUUCUCCCUCCCCCAGCUCCCUCAAUAGAUGCAGAUGAUGAGUUUGUGUUUGCUGAUCCACUCCCUCCACCUCUGGAGUUUGCCAAUAGUUUUGAUCGUGGUUUGGGUUAUUCUGCAAUGUUGUCUCACAAUGUGACAGCGCGCCAGCAGCUUCAUCCUACACCACCACCUCCCCCACCACCUCCUCCCCCUCCAAAAGACUCCUUUAUGACUGGGUUCCCACCUCACACACCCCUGCCCUCACCGCAGGCAGGUGAUUCCACAACAUCCAGCCUUACUUCCUAUGACAGUGAGGUUGCCAACCUCACCCAGUCAGCCCCGUCUCCCUCUUCAUCUUUCCCCAACCCAUUACCGCCUCCCUCCCCCUCCACCUUGCAGCCCUCUGGGCCACCUCCACCUCCUUCUGUAUCACCUCCGCCACCACCCACCUCCUACCAUAGACCGUUUGGCCUAUCUCAGUCACAGCACUUAUAUAAUAGUACAAAUUCAGCUGGACGCUCCUCUUCUCCCACACCACCUCCUCUCUCUAUUCCAGCGCCACCUGCCUACCGGGGCCCUCUAGCAGCAACAUCCACCCCAGCAACUUCUGUAUCUCUCAGAGGCGCCUCAACUGUGACCGCAAGCUGUUCCAAAACUGCUUCUACAACUGUAAUCUCUUCUACUACUGCUGCUGCUGCUGUUGUCACACCACAUACACGCUUAGCAACCGUCUCCACAGUAGCUACAGGGGGUAGCAGGCGGCCCAGUGCAGAGCAUCAUCCACCACCCAGUGCCGCUGCAGCUAAGAGUGGCGAGUCCCAGGAGACAGUGGUGGAUUCUGGGAUUGAGGAGCUGGACAGCCGAAGCAGCAGCGACCAUCACUUAGACAACAUCCUUGCACUCAGUGGUAGUGGGGUCAGAGAAAGUUUGGAGAGAGCAGGGAUGGGUAGCAUAGGUGGAGUUGGAGAGAGAGGUAGGGCAACAGAGGCCGACAGAGCAAGUGGGACAGAAUUUCUAGAGUCUUACAUGAGCUACCUUGAUGGACAGACUUUUGAAAUGCAUAAUGCCAAAGCCGCAAGCACUGCAUCAACCUACCCAAAAACACAGAGGUACAGAGAAGGGAUCCGGGCUGGAGAUCUUCGACACCAAACCAGCACGGCACCCCCUGCAUACCACCGUCGUAGGGAGGAGGAAGAGGAGGAGGAUGAGGCAGAAGAGGAAGAGGAGGAGGAUAGCAAUGCCCGUGAUGGCUAUGGAAUGAGGGAAGGGCCAGGGAUUGCUCGCUCCUCUGUAAUGUACUUUGACCGGCCCCGCACUCCAGAGAUAAAACCGCUGUGGGGUGAUGGGUCGGCCGGAGCAGCGCAGUGUAUAGGGGAGGGAGGGGUCCAGACUGGGGGGACAUAUGUGGAGGCACGUAAACUACAUCCUCCCAUGUCCGGUAUGAAGGCAAGCAUCAUCAAUGAACUAAGCACCAAAUUACACCAGAGGAGCAAAGGAAUAGAGAACUGGGGGGCUCAAAGAUCACUGAGCAGACAUAGACACAGGUUUUCAGAGGACUCCACAGGUGCACUGAGUCCACCCUCUGUCCGCUCUAGCUCCCCAUCUCCUAUUCAGCUCUCUCAGCCUGCCUUGUCUCCCUCCCCCACCCCUUCUUCCCAGCCGCUCUACCCAAAUUGGGCUCGAUCUCCUUCCCCUCAGCCCCCUGCUGCCUCAUCCCAGCCUCCUCCCCGAUCCCACUCACCUGUUUCUCCUUCUUCAUAUUCGCCAUACCCAACCUCACCCAAACACCGGCCCGUUUACCGCACCAAAGCCCUAGAGUUUCAGUUUAUCCCCAGCCGAGAGUCACGUAAGGCAGAGUCACAUCAUGCUCAGCGCAGACGAGCACCCAGCCCAUUAAUUUCUCCUUCUGACCGCCCAAAGCUUGGCCCUCCCCGCCCCUCUUCCCUUCCCAUUCUCCCCACCACGCCCCUCUAUAGCAGCUUGUAUGACCUCCGUGGUUCUAUUACUCCACCAUCACCUGCCAAUCCUCUUGGGGACCCCUACUUCUCCCCCUCUCCCCCUCUCUUUGCCCCCUCCGGGGCUCCACCUCCUCCAAAUUCCUCUCUGGUGGUCUCUCGCUCCUUGUCCCCAACCCACUUCCUGUCAAGGACAUCAUCCCCACCACUCCACCCCAUUCCUCCACCCACUUGCCUGAGUUAUCCACACCUCCCUCCUCCUUCACCCACCAAACCCUUCGCCUCCAAACCACUCCCAUACUGGACCAAGUACGACGUUGCAGAUUGGCUGGGCUACCUGAACCUGGGUGAGCACAGGGAGCGUUUCCUAGACAACGAGAUUGAUGGCACGCACCUGCCCUCUCUAACCAAGGACGACUACCUGGACUUGGGUGUAACCAGAGUUGGACAUCGCAUGAACAUUGAGAGAGCGCUCAGGAGAGUGAUGGACAGGCUGUCUUCUAGCACUUUCCCCAUUUCUGCCCUCUCCUCCCGAGAUGAACGGACAGACAGAAGGAGAGAUGAGGCCAACCGGAGUUGAGAGGACAAGAAAGAUGAGGUGACAACUGCUGCCAUCAGAGAUUAUUCCCUGAAUUAAGAAAAACGCAAGAAGAGAUGAUUUCAACAUCAAACUGCCGACUCGCAGAUGGAGAGAUACAGGAGAAACAGAGAGCAUUGAAGGCCUGUCGACCUGUGAACAUAGCUGCGCUUACAUGUGUUUCAGUCAACGAAAACAUGAACAUGAACAUUCACAUCCGUACAUAUCAACAUUUAAACAGAACACACUUAGUUUGAGCUUGCAGGCACUCACAAGGUAAUCAAAAUGGAAAUAAAUGAAUCAAAUAGUGGAAUCUAACUAUACCAGAAUACCCAAGAUCAGCAAGAGAAGGUAACAUACUACAUACCUGAGCCAAAUAAUUUAAGUAAAACAAUCAAAAUGCUCUUUAGCUUUCCCGUUUUUCUGUAGUUCUGUAGGAAGAGAUAGGGAGAAAGAGAGAUAUUGAAACCUCCUUUGCUAUCUUUCUCUUUUUCUCAGAUUUGAGCUGAGUCUGUAUUACCGGCAAAUAUUUACUAACUGUCUAAUUUUUAGAGUAUGUUCAAUAGAGACCAAUGCAGGGAGGUCAAGUAAUGAUAAACCUCCUGUCUGGCAUGA